AAACGCCCGUUGAAUUGGGCGGCAAAAUAGGGGUUGAUGCUAUUAUGCAACACAGUAUGCAUUGAAACAACGAAACACGCCCCUUUCUAAAAUAUUCCGUCCUUGUCCAGCCGACACGAUAGGCGCAUGCGCGUUAGCAGAUUAACUGGGUUUUUUCGCCGGUAUAUUUCACGAAUGUUGCGAGAUUGUGUAUUUUUCGGUAGAUUGGUACACGGUGAGGUUGAGUUUUUCGCGGGAUGCGAGUGUGAUCUGGCAACCUCUUGUGAGACAGCGCAUGUUUCGUGUUCGUCUGAUUCCGUCUUUUUGUGUGAAUUUCCAAAAUUGCGUUGGCGGUGUGUCGCUAUCGCAAUGCGUGAAGAAGUUCUGCAGCAAAUCUUUGGUUAUAACUAUUAAUAGAAUGAAUUGUGUUCUCGGUUAUAACAGAAGAAGAUUAAAAUUAGACAAUUCAAUAAUGGAGCAACAUGUGUAAAACAUUGUGAUAUAUAGUAAUAUUAAAUUAAUGACCAAAUUUUUUAAAUGUAUGGAAUGGCGCCAAUGAUUUAUCCUUCAUAUCUGUUCGCAUUAUUUUUUAUAAUAUUUUGGUUUGCUAUGUGGCUUUUACAUCUUAUAGCAAUAUUCUAUGGCAAAUACAGGUUACAUAAUAAAGUAACAAAACUUCCCUCUGAUGAACCGUGUCCAGGAGUUUCUAUUCUAAAACCUUUAAUGGGAGUAGAUAGUAAUUUGUCAACAAAUUUAGAAACGUUUUUUACAUUGAAUUACCCUUUGUAUGAAAUCCUGUUUUGUAUUGAAGAUGAAACUGAUCCAGCUAUUGAUGUGGUCAACACUUUAAUAGAAAAGUAUCCAAAAGUGUCUGCUCAUGUGUUCAUUGGUGGCUCUAUAGUGGGUGUAAAUCCAAAAAUUAACAAUAUGAAUAGGGCCUAUGAAGCUAGCAAUUUUGAUUUGAUACUCAUAUCUGAUAGUGGAAUAAGAAUGAAAGAGGACACUCUUUUAGACAUGGUCAACCACAUGGACGACAGGACUGGAUUGGUUCAUCAAAUGCCUUUCACGUGUGACAGGCCUGGUUUCGCGGCAACUUUAGAAAAGAUAUAUUUUGGUACUGCACAAUCUAGGAUAUAUUUAGCAGCUGACUUCUUUAGAAUUAAUUGUCACACAGGAAUGUCAGCGUUGAUGCGAAAACCUGUGCUUGAAGAACAGGGUGGACUUAAGUCAUUCGGGUGUUAUUUAGCAGAAGACUUUUUUAUCGCAAAGUCCUAUAUAAAUAGGGGAUGGAAAACUGCCAUUAGUAGUCAACCAGCGAUGCAAAAUUCGGGCGUUUGUGAUGUAGAGAAUUUUCAAGCACGUCUGACUAGGUGGGCGAAGUUGCGGGUAGCUAUGGUACCGUUUGUCAUCCUCGUGGAGCCGCUUUCAGAAUGUAUGAUGAUCGGAGCUUGUACAGCGUGGUCAGUUGGUGUUCUUUUCCAGUGGGACUUUUUUGUGUUUUAUUUAGUACAUAUUUUAAUAUGGUUUAUCUGUGAUUGGACCUUACUGUGUAUUGUGCAGAAUGGUUCCUUGCCUUUUAAUAAAUUUCAUUUCGUAAUUGGUUGGUUAUUUAGGGAGCUGUCAGGUCCCUAUUUGUUCGCCAAUGCCGUUCUAGACCCUCCGAUAAAAUGGCGGAAUAGAGUUUUCAAAUUAGCUUGGGGAGGGGUUGCCCAAGAAUUAAACCCUAGGAUAAAAUGUUAAUUUAAGCUUCUUAUAAUUUAUUUAAUAGAAUCAUACAUUUCCCAGUUUUUAGGUUAAUGUUUCAGUAAAGUGAACCCACUAUUUAAACAUCAUAUACAUUGUUUUUGUACUUCAUUUUUGUUGUUGUUUGUUAAGGUACUUACCUUACUUCUCAUGUUUCAUCCAUUACAAGUAGUCAUAAAUGGCUAACCAUUCUGUUCUAUGUAAUAGAUUACAAUCAUGCGUUAUGUUGCUUUAUCAUUAACAAAGACUAUAAAUUGUGUUGGGUAAAUAUAAAGCAAUAUAUUGUGAUAAAUUCAUACUUAUUGUAAAUAUUGUUCCAUCAUUUUUGAUAAUGUAAAUUUAUAAGCAAGUUACGACUUACAAACAUUGGAAAUCACCACUUCAAAGACGGUAGUGAAGAUAGGCGGCUCUGGCAGUGAAUGUGCAGUGAAUUGGCUUAAUAGUCGUACAAUCACGGUACUUAGUCAAUUGUAAAUACUUGUUUUUGUUGUUUUUUUUUUAUAUAUAAAUCAAUUUUGAAUAAUCUUAAAUGGUGGGUUCAAGACUCAUACUUUGUGAUUUGUUUACUUCAACAGAGGCCACUUCAAAAAUACUUCAUUUGAUUACAUCUCCAUAUUGAAUAUACAUAUCACAAAAAUUUGUGUUUUUAUACAUGUUCAGAAUAUUCUUCACAUCCUAAGGAUGCUCUUUCGCUUGAACUUAACAUUCAGAAUUUUUAUUCAAGACUGAUUACGAGAAUGUUUAUUUAUUUUGUUUGUUCGUUUGGCCAUUUUGUAUUCGUUACUGGUCAAUAUAGUAUUUUAAUUAAA